CCUCACUGUCUCCAGAGUCCACAAGGUAUGGCCGCUGUUCAAGUUCCUCCUCAGAGCAUCUUCAGACACUAUCGUCCUGACUAUGAAGGCCCAAGCAAGGGCAGAGCGAAUGGCCUUUUGAAUGGCCGUGAACAAGAUUUCCAUCGCUCUUUGGCUAUUGCCAAUAGCACGACUCAUCGUACGCGUCGUACUGCCACUACACCAACCAAACGCCGUGCAAGAUCACUUUACUUAUCUGACACCGGUCCCUAUGAUUCAUCCGAUGAAGACAUAGAUGCACCUGUAACUCCUCCUCCCAUAAUCCGGAGUCUGUCUCGUUAUGUGCGUUCUGCGAAAGCACGACCCAAGCCCUACGAGAGGCGUGACCCCAGCACAGUACAGCGCCGCUACGCUGCAAGCCAACUUUCCCCCACUGAUUCUGGAACUUUACCGGACACUCAGAAGGGCAAAGUUUUACUCGAAAAUCGAUUGCAAUCCCUGUCUCCCGAGGCAAUUGCGCAAGCCGUCAUCACGAAACGAACUGAUGUCGAAUGGAGGCGCAUGCGUGCUCUGACAACAGCUUGGGAAAUCCAAGCUAUCGAAGAACAGAAAAGAUUUCUUCAGAUGGUUCUUGAAGACGACGGUGACACAUAUGUCAAUGCUGCGUCAGAACCUCGGGACACCUCGCUCCAAGGGAUCUCUAGAGGAAACGUGGAUGAGCUCGAUGAGCGCCUCCACUUUUGCGUGGCUGUAUACAAGCCUGACAUAACGUCGCUCGCCGUUGGAGACAAACAGCUUGAUCUCGUUGAGGGUAUGGCCCACUCCCUUGUCAACGAUUGCGUCGAUGGAGACAGUAGCAGAAUGUCGCAAGAUUCCGUCAAGUCCGAUGACACACCUGAUGCUGGCUAGUAAAGCACAGGUUGUACCAUAUUGUGAUGCCCUCUGUUCGUCAAUAUACUUUUUAUUGGACGUUUUCCUCGUAGACCCGCUUUCAAGUCGAUCGUUAUUCGCAUCGUGUGUUUCCUCCCUCUCUUUGUAGUAGUCUGUAGCCCUCAUUGAUUGAAUUCCGCGUCAUGAUCUUCAUUACGAAAUAAAGCGUCUUGCAUACACCAUGCGAAAGCGAGACGUUGACAUCGAAAGCUCCAAUGUACUAUAUAGUGGUAACGCACAACCUGGGC